UAUACGACGCUUUGCUACAGCACGGUGUAACUAAGGAAAAAGUGCUACAAUUCAGAGAAAUGUUGAUGCAUGAUGUAAGAUGGUCAGAAGAAACCGAAGAGCGUGUCAACAUUGAUCGUAUUAUGACAAUAAUACAUUCCGAGGAUUUUAAAGCAAGAAUAUUAGACCUUCUGGGUAAAUACAUUAAACACCAUCAAGAAUUCCUGCAAUUUUGUAAGGUCAUGGAUAGCUAUUUCAUACCACUCCUAUUUAUGAAAGUCUGCCUAUCCAUGUUUUAUCAUGUUUUCGUACCUUAUUGUUUGCUUCGGAGCACCGAAUUAGGAUUAUCGCUAAUCUUAGUCCAAUAUGAAACGUGCGCGUUUACCGAAAUGCUCGUAUUUGCCUUGGUCGGACAAACACUGAUAAAUAAGAGCGAAGAACUUCGCCAAAACAUAUUUGAGUCACCAUGGUAUAUGUGUGAUGUGAACUACCAGAAGUAUAUUUUAAUGCUACUCAUGCGCACGGGACGUAGUACUAGUGUUCGUGUAGGAAAAUUGGCUCCAAUGUCCCUGCCAAUGUUUCUAUGGAUAUUGAAAACUGCAUUUUCAUACCUCACUGUGCUACGACAAGUUACAGACUGAUAAUGAGAAACAUCCAAUCGUGGCGAUUCGAUGUAGAUUUCCACUAGUGCACUACUUUACUUUAAACGUUUCCC